GUUUUGUUUACUUCCAGUACGACUUUGUAAGGAAACGCAUGCGAAAGGAACUUUCUAUAUACUAACCACCUGUUUAAAGGUGGAACAGAUGUCUUUUUUACACCUUUAAGAUUCAAAAAGGGAUCCACUGUCCAGAGGAUUCACUUAUAAACGUAACAAAGGCAAUCAAACUCCUCCAGCUCCUACAUAUGUCCAAGCUACUACAUCUCUAUUACCAACACCUAUAAGGAUAUACACCCUCAUAGGUCUAGCACUAAUAUACAUCACCAAUCACCCUGUACAAAUUAGACUGUGAAUCUAAUAAGACAGUAAUGGAAUGGUGCUCAGCUGAAACAAACUCUAGUAUGUUUGACAUUUCUGAGCUGAAAAUCAAUGCUUUCUUAAAACCUGUCAGAGUAAACGUCGGGAUUGAACAUGAACAACUGGAUGAUGUUCAGAGUCAGGUGAACAACAUCUUGAACUUCUUAAAUAGUGAAGAAGAGGUCAAUAAUGACACAAGUGCGGAGUAUGAACCUACCACUGUCAUACAUGAAAAAGAAUUGGAUGUAAAUCAACAGCAAAAUGGCCCUCAAGAAAUGCAGAUAGAUUCUGACAGAGAUGAUGAAUCAGAGGGAUUUGAAGAGACGGAAGAUUUUACUGAAGAGAAGCAAGAUGUUCCUCAGAAAGAGAAGGAAAGUUUUGGAAGCCUUAUAUCAAAGAAAAGAGUGCCAAUGAUAAAGCUGCCAAGAAUUUCAAAGGAAAAGUUGCUAGAGGAGUAUGAAAGGAGUAUUUUAAAGAUAUAUAUGCCGUUUUAA